UGGAUUUUACCCCAAGAAGGGAAUUACAUUAUCCUUUCUUUCAUUGUCUUCUCGUUUCCUUUUGACAUAACAAAGCAGCAUGUCUCAGAAAGGGACGAAGGGAGGACAAGACAACAGGCCGCCCUCUGCUGGAGGCACACCCUCCCAGCCCUCCUCGGCUCACGGUACCCCGCUCCGCUCGUCGAUGCGGAGGUCCCAUGGGGAGUCCCAGAAGGGAGGAGUCAUGCUGGGAGCGGACGACCCUCAGUCGCACAGGAAGAGUCGGACCAGCAGCCAAAGCUCCGUGUCAGCCGCCUACGUGCUCUACCUCAACAAGCUGUUUGGACAGGACAGGGAGCUGAUGCCAGAGGAACUGGAUGAGCUGCAUGUGGCCUUUAAAGAGUUUGACUACGACGGGGACGGCUACCUGCACUACAAAGACGUGGCAGACUGCAUGAGGACCAUGGGGUACAUGCCUACAGAGAUGGAGCUCAUCGAGAUCGUCCAGCAAAUCAAGAUGAAAUGGGGGGGUCAUGUGGACUUUGAUGAUUUCUGUGAGCUCAUGGGUCCCAGGAUGCUGGCAGAGACGGCUCACAUGGUUGGCCUCAGAGAGCUGCGCUGCGCCUUCAAACAGUUUGACUUUGAUGGUGACGGGCGCAUCACCCUGGAGGAGCUGAAGGAGGCCAUGAAGGCCCUGUUGGGAGAGAAGCUGAAGAAGGGAGAGCUGGAGGAGAUCCUGGAAGACAUCGACCUCAACAAGGAUGGAACCAUUGACUUUGAUGAGUUUGUCAUGAUGCUGUCAGCACGAUGAACUGAAAACGUCCAACACUCACAGGAAGCAGAAUGGCUGAUCUUCAGAAAUGGGCAUACAUGUCUGGUCAACAUCCUGCUCUAUUGUGCAUAACUGUUGUAUAGAACAAUGAAUGUUGCAUAUUUUAAUCUCAAUCUCUUUAAAUAGCAAGAUUUUUUUUUCACACAAGAAAAUGGUUAAGUAAUAUUAGAGGGCGAAAGGUGAGUUAUGAAACCAGUGUUAGGUAUUAUUGAUGAAUCAGUAUCGCCCCCAUGUGGUAGAACAGCUACUUUACAGCUCUGAGCUCAGGAGUGGCUUGAUGAAAUAAGACCUUUAGUUUCCAAUAGGUUUAUUGAUAUAUAUAUGAUCCCGACACAAUAAACACCUGAGCCACAAUGAAAAAGAAGUGCAUUUAUUAUUGAAAAUUGAUAACUUAGACAAUCGAGCAAAAAAAGCAGUCAAAAAACAACAACCUUGUUUUGUAUUUUUACAAAUAAAGAAAUGACAAAUUUACAUAAACAGAGCCAUGACUUGAUAUACAUUUUACAUAUGAAAUUAUUUGAGCCAUUGUGCAACUGAAGGAAAAAUUAGAACUAUAACAAAGUAAUAACUGUGUGGCGACAGGAAUGGUAACCAAGCCGACGCAUAAUGCCGUUAAAGCAAAAUGCUUAAAUGGUAUAUAAGGCAAAAUUAGUCUGCAAAUUCAAGCAGGCAGGAUCCUUCAACAGUCAUUCUUCCUCUCCACAAAGAAAGACAGCUUCUUUCAAGGAGGAAAAAUAAAGGAGGAUCUAUAAACUUUUCUAUGAUGGAUGCAGAUCAAAGUACUAUAUGGAUGCAGUUAUGUCAUUUACCAUUUGUCAAAAUAUUGCAAAUUCCCGUUUGUUUGAUUUACACAUACAUACACAAGUCAAAAAUAUAUAGAUAUAUCAGUCCUUACAAAUGACAGUGAACAUUGGUUGAAGUGGGAAGCUGGAAAUUUGGGCUGAGAAGACAAGUUGGACUCUUGAAACUGGAAACUAAACCCAGCAAAACAUAUAACAGGGUCUAAGCUAUCAAUAUUCUUCACUUCUGGAACAACAACAACAACAAAAAUACUGUUACAAGUUUUGGAAGUUUUGAGUUUAUGCAGUUUAAACAGCAGGAAAAUAAUUUGAGUGCAUGUUGCCAGACUAUUGUUACAAUUAAGUGAUAAAGUCAAACAAAACAGCAGACAGGCUGCACUUUCUUGGAAGAAACAGUUGACAAUUUUAACAACCUAAAUGAUGUUAAUACGGGCUGAUUUCUAUUAAUUAAACAGUGGUGUCCUCCACCAAACUACACUUCAGUAGUGGUUAGAAGCUUGUGCGUGCGAGACAACGAUAGACAGAGAAAAGAGGCUCGGCAGAGGAGG